AUGAAGCCAUCAAACAAAGAAGACCAACAUCCAGAAAAGACCUCUCAGGACCAACCACAUGGUGCUGAGAGAGUUUUUGGAAGCGUCGAGUUGAAGCUGAAGAAUGCUUCUCAGGAACCAGAUGAUGAUUUGAGGAACCCUUCUGCAGGCACUGAGCCCAAGCCCUAUGCUUUACCCAUGCUGUCAGACUUGGGGCACUCCCAGAAGUCACCCCUGUCAGGCACUGAUAUGACGUAUCCAGUGAUAAAACAGCGUGGAUUCUACUCUGAUAUCCUCAGUCCCGGAACCUUGGAUCAACUUGGGGUGAGAAUGGAAGCUAACCUUUGUCAAGACUUCAGAAGCUUCCAAGUUCCUGAAGACUUCAGGGAGCGUGUGGAACAGCAGAGCAUUGGGUCUACCACACGGCUGCUCUCCCAGACUGAUUUUCCCCUGCAGGCCUAUGAGCCCAAGGUGCAGGUACCCUUCCAGGUGCUUCCAGGCCAGUGCCCUCGCAAGAUUGAGAUUGAGAGGAGGAGGCGGAAAUAUCUGAGCCUGGACAUUGAACAGCUAUUGGCCAGAGAGGGUAUUGAUUCCAAUAAGCUCAUGCCCAGGCAUCCGGACUCUCAGAAUCCACAAACCAUUGAACAGGGCCAUGACCCACUCUUUCCCAUCUAUCUUCCACUGAAGGUUUUUGACAAUGAGGAGUUCGACUGCCGGACACCCAGAGAGUGGAUCAACAUGGGUUUCGAUUCAGAUUCUCAGAACAGGAAACCUGUUCCUGGAAAAGCCCUCCUGCCUACUGAUGAUGUCCUGGGGCAUGAGGACCCCAAGAGUCAGAAGCUAGACUACAAAUGGUGUGAGGUUGGUGUCUUGGACUAUAAUGAAGAAAACAAGCUGUACCUGGUGCACAAAACGGAUGAGAAAGGAUUGGUUCGAGAUGAGAUGGGGAUGCCCAUCCUGAAUGGAGGAAUUACUGCCAAAGGAAGGCCACCCCUUCUGCUCUGUCAGUACUGGGUACCACGGAUCCAACUUCUCUUCUGUGCUGAGGACCCUCGCAUAUUCACACAACGCGUGGUGGAGGCUAAUGCCCUGCGCAAGAACACCGAGGCGCUGCUGCUGUACAAUCUGUACGUGGACUGUAUGCCCUCCGAGGGCCAGCGGAUCAUCAGUGAGCAGAGCCUGAACAAGAUCAAGCAGUGGGCCAUGAGCACGCCACGGAUGCGCAAAGGGCCACAAGUCCUUGAGCAUCUCAGCAACCUCACCAGAGAAGUGAGCCUGGACUACGAGCGUAGCAUGAACAAGAUCAACUUUGACCAAAUAGUUGCCUCCAAACCCGACACAUUCUCCUAUGUGACCCUGCCCAAGAAGGAGGAGGAAAAGGUGCCAGAGCACGGAUUGGUCAGUUUCCCCAAGUACCCUUUCCGGGAACAGAAGGAGGACUUCACCUUUGUGUCCUUGCUUACACGGCCAGAAGUCAUUAUAGCCCUGAGCAAGGUGCGGGCUGAGUGCAACAAGGUGACUGGCAUGUCACUGUUCCAUUCAAGCCUCUCCAAGUCCAGCCGCCUGGAGGAGUUUGAGCAAAUCGAGUCACAGACCUUCUCCCAGGUACAGAUGUUCCUCAAGGACAGCUGGAUCAGCACCCUAAAAGUAGCCAUGCGCAGCAGCCUGCGUGACAUGAGCAAAGGCUGGUACAACCUGUACGAGACCAACUGGGAGGUGUACCUCAUGUCAAAGCUGCGCAAGCUGAUGGAGCUGAUCAAGUACAUGCUUCAGGACACGCUACGCUUCUUGGUGCAGGACUCACUGACCAGCUUCUCACAGUUCAUCAGUGAUACCUGCUACAACGUACUCGAUUGCCCCGAUGACAUGGUCUGGGGUGAAGACUUCAUAAACAGCCCCUACAGGCCCCGGAAAAACCCCCUGUUCAUCGUGGACCUGGUGCUGGACAACUCAGGGGUGCACUACAGCACACCUCUGGAGCAGUUUGAGACAUCUCUGAUCGGCCUCUUCAACAAGGGCAUCCUGGCCACACAUGCAGUACCCCAGCUGGAGAAGCUUGUAAUGGAGGACAUCUUCAUCAGUGGCGAUCCCCUGCUGGAGUCUGUGGGGCUUCAUGAGCCAUUGGUGGAGGAACUGCGGGCCGUCAUUGCCAAUGCCAUACGCAAGGCCAUGAUCCCACUGCAGGCCUAUGCCAAGGAGUAUAGAAAGUACCUGGAGCUAAGCAACAAUGAUGUGUCUGUCUUUCUUAAGGACUACCAGACACGUGCCCCCACAGCUGAGGAAGUGCGGGAAGUGGUGCUCACCCACUUAAAAGAGAAGGAAAUCUUGGACAGCUCACUGCCCAGCAGCAUUGUCAUUGGGCCCUUCUAUAUCAACAUCGACAACGUCAAGCAGAGCCUCUCUAAGAAGCGCAAAUCCCUGGCCACUUCUAUGCUGGACAUCCUGGCCAAGAACCUGCACAGUGAAGUGGAAAGUAUCUGUGAGUCAUUUCGAAGCAUCAGCCGCAAGAUUUACGAGAAGCCCAACAGCAUUGAGGAGCUGGCUGAGCUGCGGGACUGGAUGAAGGGCAUCCCUGAGAAGCUUGGAAUGCUGGAGGAGCGGAUCGUGAAAGUUAUGGAUAACUACCAGGUCAUGGAUGAGUUUUUUUACAACCUCAGUACUGAAGACUUCAAUGACAAAUGGGCUGCCAGCAACUGGCCUGGUAAGAUCCUUGGGCAGUUAGAGACAGUGCGGCAACAGCACAUGGAGGAGGAGGAAAAAUUCCACAAAAUCCAGAUCAUGGAUCAAAACAACUUCCAGGAAAAGCUGGAAGCACUGCAGCUGGUGGUAGCUGGCUUCUCUACCCAUGUGGACAUUACACGAGCACAUGAGAUUGCCAAUGAGGUUCGGCGAGUCAAGAAACAACUGAAGGAUUGCCAGCAGCUGGCAACACUCUACAACAACCGCGAGCGCAUCUUUGGCCUUCCCAUCACCAAUUAUGACAAGCUCUCAAAAAUGGUGAAGGAUUUCCAGCCCUACCUGGACCUCUGGACCACAGCCUCUGAUUGGCUGCGCUGGUCUGAGAGCUGGAUGAAUGACCCCUUGUCAGCCAUUGAUGCAGAGCAGCUGGAAAAGAACGUUAUCGAGUCCUUCAAAACCAUGCACAAAUGCGUGAAGCAGUUCAGGGACAUCCAAGCUUGCCAGGAUGUGGCCUUAGACAUUCGAGCCCGCAUUGAGGAGUUCAAGCCAUAUAUCCCACUGAUCCAGGGCCUACGCAACCCUGGCAUGAGGAACCGGCACUGGGAGGUACUAUCCAACCAGAUCAAUAUCAAUGUCCGGCCCAAGGCCAACUUGACUUUUUCCCGCUGCCUUGAGAUGAACCUGCAGGACCAUAUCGAGAGCAUCAGCAAGGUGGCUGAGGUGGCUGGCAAGGAAUAUGCCAUUGAGCAGGCACUAGACAAGAUGGAGAAAGAGUGGUCAACCGUUCUGUUCAAUGUGCUGCCCUACAAGGAGACAGAAACCUAUAUCCUCAAGAGUCCAGAUGAGGCCUCACAGCUGCUUGAUGACCAUAUUGUUAUGACCCAGAGCAUGUCCUUCUCACCCUACAAGAAGCCCUUUGAGCAACGCAUCAACUCCUGGGAGACCAAACUGAAGCUGACCCAGGAGGUUUUGGAGGAGUGGCUGAACUGCCAGCGGUCCUGGCUGUACCUGGAGCCCAUCUUCAGAUCUGAGGACAUCACCCGGCAGCUGCCUGUGGAGAGCAAGCGUUACCAAACCAUGGAACGAAUCUGGAGGAAGAUCAUGAAGAAUGCUUAUGAGAACCGAGAGGUGAUCAAUGUGUGUUCUGAUCAGAGGCUGUUAGACAGCCUGCGGGACUGUAACAAGCUGCUGGACCUGGUGCAGAAGGGACUAAGCGAGUACCUAGAGACCAAGCGCAGUGCCUUCCCCAGAUUCUACUUCCUGUCAGAUGAUGAACUGCUAGAGAUCUUGUCCCAGACAAAGGACCCCACAGCCGUGCAGCCCCACCUGCGCAAGUGCUUCGAGAACAUUGCCCGUCUGCUAUUCCAGGAGGACUUGGAGAUCACACACAUGUACUCCUCAGAGGGUGAGGAGGUAAAGCUCUCCUUCUCCAUCUACCCCUCCAGCAAUGUGGAAGAUUGGCUGCUGGAGGUAGAACGCAGCAUGAAGGCCAGUGUGCGAGACUUCAUUGAGAGGGCCAUCCUGGCCUACCCCACAAUGCCCAGGACCAAGUGGGUUCUCAACUGGCCAGGCCAAGUGACCAUUGCUGGCUGCCAAACCUAUUGGACCAUGGAAGUGUCUGAAGCUCUAGAAUCCAGCACUCUCAGCACAAAGCUGUUUCCCCAGCUCUCCCAGCAGCUCAGUGAUCUGGUGGCCCUGGUACGGGGUAAGCUAUCCCGCAUGCAGCGGGCAGUGCUUUCGGCACUGAUUGUUAUUGAGGUCCAUGCCAAGGAUGUAGUGAAAAAGCUGAUCAAGGAGAACGUGGUCAGCGUGAAUGACUUUGAAUGGAUCUCACAGCUCAGGUACUACUGGACAAACAAUGAUCUGUACAUUCGUGCUGUGAAUGCUGAGUUCAUCUAUGGCUAUGAGUACCUAGGCAACAGUGGGCGGUUGGUGAUCACACCCCUCACUGACAGGUGCUAUCUGACCCUCACUGGAGCCCUACACCUCAAGUUUGGGGGUGCCCCAGCUGGCCCAGCUGGCACAGGGAAAACAGAGACCACUAAAGACCUGGGAAAGGCCUUGGCCAUACAGACUGUUGUGUUCAACUGCUCUGACCAGCUUGAUUUCAUGGCCAUGGGCAAGUUCUUCAAGGGCCUGGCCAGUGCUGGGGCCUGGGCCUGCUUCGACGAGUUCAAUCGCAUUGACAUCGAGGUGCUCUCAGUGGUAGCACAGCAGAUCACCACCAUCCAGAAAGCACAGCAACAGCGGGUAGAACGUUUCAUGUUUGAGGGUGUUGAGAUCCCACUUGUACCAUCCUGUGCAGUUUUUAUCACCAUGAACCCAGGAUAUGCUGGCCGCACGGAGCUGCCUGACAAUCUGAAGGCACUUUUCCGGCCUGUGGCCAUGAUGGUCCCGGAUUAUGCCAUGAUUGCUGAGAUCUCACUCUACUCCUUUGGCUUCAAUGAAGCUAAUGUGCUGGCUAAGAAGAUCACAACAACCUUCAAGUUGUCCUCUGAGCAACUUAGCUCCCAGGAUCACUAUGACUUCGGGAUGAGAGCCGUGAAGACUGUGAUCUCAGCUGCCGGGAACCUCAAGCGAGAAAACCCCAACAUGAAUGAGGAGCUGAUCUGCCUCCGAGCCAUCCAGGAUGUGAAUGUACCCAAGUUCCUGCAAGAAGACCUAAAGCUCUUUUCAGGGAUAGUAUCUGACCUGUUCCCCACCAUCAAGGAGGAGGACACUGACUAUGGAAUCCUAGACAAAGCCAUUCGCCAGGCCUGUGAGAAGUACAACCUCAAGGAUGUGGAUGGUUUCCUGACUAAGUGCAUCCAGCUGUAUGAGACCACAGUGGUGCGGCAUGGCCUCAUGCUUGUGGGGCCCACGGGCUCUGGUAAAAGUAACUGUUACAGGGUUCUGGCAGCUGCUAUGACAAUGUUGAAAGGGCAGCCAUCCAUCAGUGGGGGUGUAUAUGAGGCUGUGAACUACUAUGUGCUCAACCCCAAGUCCAUCACCAUGGGCCAGCUGUAUGGAGAGUUUGACCUGCUCACCCAUGAAUGGACAGAUGGGAUUUUCUCCUCCCUCAUCCGGGCAGGGGCUAUUGCCUCUGACACCAACAAGAAGUGGUACAUGUUCGAUGGGCCAGUGGAUGCCGUCUGGAUCGAGAACAUGAACACAGUGCUGGAUGACAAUAAGAAACUGUGCCUCAGCUCUGGGGAGAUCAUCAAGCUCACAGAGGCAAUGACCAUGAUGUUUGAGGUGCAGGAUCUGGCAGUGGCCUCCCCAGCCACAGUGUCACGCUGUGGCAUGGUGUACCUGGAGCCUAGCAUCUUAGGGCUCAUGCCCUUCGUUGAGUGUUGGCUAAAGACUAUUCCUGCCUUGAUAAAGCCUCACAAGGAUCAGCUGAAGGAACUCUUUGUCAGCUUUCUGGAGGAUGCCAUUGACUUUGUUCGGUCCUCAGUGAAGGAGGUGAUCGCCUCAACCAACAGCAACCUGACCACAAGCCUCCUCAAGCUGCUUGACUGUUUCUUCAAGCCCUUUCUGCCUAGAGAGGACCUCAAGAAGAUUCCCUCUGAAAAAUUAAGUCGUAUCCCAGAGCUGAUUGAGCCCUGGUUCAUCUUUUCCCUGAUUUGGAGUGUAGGAGCCACUGGAGACAGCAAGAGCCGCUUGAACUUUAACCACUGGCUAAGGAUGAAAAUGACGAUGGAAAAGGUGACUCUAUGCUUCCCUGAAAAUGGACAGGUAUUCGAUUAUAGACUAGAGGAUGCUGGCAUCAGUAGUAUUGAAGAUGAUGAAGAAGAUGAGGACGAGAACAAGCAGGUUGCCUGGGUGAAGUGGAUGGACUCCUCAGCUCCAUUCACCAUGAUACCAGACACCAGCUACUCCAACAUCAUUGUGCCCACCAUGGACACCGUGCAGAUGUCCUAUUUGCUGGGCAUGCUACUGACCAGCCGAAAGCCUGUGCUGUGUAUUGGGCCAACAGGCACAGGGAAAACUAUUACCAUUUCCAACAAGCUUCUCAAGAACCUACCAUUAGAAUACAUUAGCCAUUUCCUUACCUUCUCAGCUCGCACUUCAGCUAACCAGACCCAAGACCUCAUCGACAGCAAACUGGACAAGAGGCGGAAAGGUGUAUUUGGACCACCCCUUGGGCGCAACUUUAUUUUCUUCAUUGAUGAUCUAAACAUGCCAGCCCUGGAGACAUAUGGAGCACAGCCACCCAUUGAGCUGUUGCGCCAGUGGAUGGACCACGGUGGCUGGUAUGACCGCAAGACCAUCGGAGCCUUCAAGAAGUUGGUGGACAUCAACUUUGUCUGUGCCAUGGGCCCUCCAGGGGGAGGCCGGAAUGCCAUCACGGCAAGGCUGACCCGUCACUUCAACUACCUAUCCUUCACCGAGAUGGACGAGGUCAGCCAGACGCGCAUCUUCUCUACCAUCCUAGGAUGUUGGAUGGAUGGACUCCUUGGAGAAAAAAGUUACCGAGAGCCUGUGCCUGGAGCUCCCAAUAUUGCUCAUCUCACAGAGUCCCUCGUGGAAGCUACUAUCAUGGUGUAUGCCACCAUCACCUCCCAGUUGCUGCCCACUCCAGCCAAGUCUCACUAUACCUUCAACCUGAGAGACCUCUCCAAGGUCUUCCAGGGUAUACUCAUGGCCGAACCUUCCAAAGUUGAGGACAAAGUGCAGCUGCUGAGACUGUGGUAUCAUGAGAACUGCCGCGUAUUCCGGGACCGACUGGUGAAUGAAGAAGACCGCACCUGGUUUGACCAGCUUCUGGAGAGCCACAUGGAAGAGUGGGAAGUGCCCUUCAACAAGGUCUGCCCCACCCAGCCCAUUCUUUAUGGGGACUUCAUGUCACCAGGUGCAGACGUGAAAUCCUAUGAGCUCAUCACCAGUGAGAAUAAGAUGCUGCAUGUGAUCGAGGAAUACAUGGAGGACUACAACCAGAUCAACACAGCCAAGCUGAAGCUGGUCCUCUUCAUGGAUGCCAUGAGCCACAUCUGCCGUAUCAGCCGCACUCUACGCCAGGCACUGGGCAAUGCACUCCUGCUAGGUGUGGGUGGCAGUGGCCGCAGUUCCCUCACACUGCUUGCUUCCCACAUGGCUGAGUAUGAGUGCUUCCAGAUCGAGCUGUCCAAGAACUAUGGCAUGCCUGAGUGGCGUGAAGAUGUUAAGAAGGUCCUGCUCAAGGCUGGCCUGCAGAAUCUGCCCAUCACCUUCCUGUUCUCAGAUACCCAGAUCAAAAACGAGUCCUUCUUGGAGGAUAUCAACAAUGUUCUGAAUUCAGGUGACAUUCCCAACCUCUACAAUGCUGAUGAGCAGGACCAGAUUGUCACGGCCAUGAGGCCCUAUAUCCAGGAGCAGGGUCUGCCGCCCACCAAAGCCAACCUCGUAGCUGCCUACACUGGGCGUGUGCGAAACAACAUCCACAUGGUGUUAUGCAUGAGCCCUAUUGGAGAGGUCUUCAGAGCUCGCCUAAGGCAGUUCCCCUCCCUCGUCAACUGCUGUACCAUUGACUGGUUUAAUGAGUGGCCAGCAGAGGCCCUGGAGUCUGUGGCCACCAGGUUCCUGAAUGAGAUCCCAGAAUUGGAAUCUUCUCCAGAAAUAGUUAAAGGACUGAUUCAGGUUUGCGUGUAUAUCCACCAGUCAGUGUCCAAGAAGUGUGUUGAGUACCUGGCCGAACUGGCCCGCCACAACUACGUGACCCCCAAGAGCUAUUUAGAAUUGCUCAACAUAUUCUCCAUCCUCAUUGGGCAGAAGAAGCACGAGGUGAAAACUGCAAAAAACCGUAUGAAGAGUGGCUUAGACAAGCUGCUGCGCACUUCUGAGGAUGUGGCCAAGAUGCAGGAAGAACUGGAGAUCAUGCGCCCCCUGCUGGAGGAGGCUGCCAAGGACACUAUGUCCACUAUGGAGCAGAUCAAGGUGGAUACAGCCAUUGCUGAGGAGACCCGAAAUUCAGUACAGGCUGAGGAGAACAAGGCCAAUGAGAAAGCCAGAAAGGCACAAGCCAUUGCUGAUGAUGCUCAGAAAGAUCUGGAUGAGGCUCUACCAGCCUUGGAUGCAGCCCUGGCUAGUCUCCGCAACCUCAACAAGAAUGAUGUAACUGAGGUACGUGCAAUGCAGCGGCCACCCCCAGGUGUGAAGCUAGUCAUAGAAGCUGUGUGCAUCAUGAAGGGGAUCAAGCCCAAGAAGGUGCCUGGAGAGAAACCAGGCACCAAAGUGGAUGACUACUGGGAGCCAGGCAAGGGGCUUCUACAGGACCCAGGUCGCUUCCUCGAGAGCCUCUUCAAGUUUGACAAGGACAACAUUGGGGAAGCAGUGAUCAAAUCCAUCCAACCAUACAUUGACAAUGAUGAGUUCCAGCCUGCUGCCAUUGCCAAGGUGUCCAAAGCCUGCACAUCUAUCUGCCAGUGGGUGCGCGCCAUGCAUAAGUACCACUUUGUGGCCAAGGCUGUGGAGCCCAAGCGGCAAGCACUGCGGGAAGCCCAGGAUGACCUGGAAGUGACACAGCAGAUCCUGGAGGAGGCAAAGCAGCGCCUUCAUGAGGUGGAAGAUGGCAUUGCCACAAUGCAGGCCAAGUACCGAGAAUGUGUUGCUAAGAAGGAAGAGUUGGAGCUAAAGUGUGAGCAGUGUGAGCAGCGGCUGGGCAGAGCAGACAAGCUCAUCAAUGGACUAGCGGAUGAGAAGGUGCGCUGGCAAGACACAGUAGAGAACCUGGACCACAUGCUCAACAACAUCUCUGGUGAUGUGCUGGUGGCCUCUGGCUUUGUGGCCUACCUGGGUCCCUUCACGGGCCAGUACCGCACAACGCUGUAUGAACAGUGGGUCAAACAGCUCACAAUUCACAAGGUCCCACACACUUCUGAGCCCACACUAAUCGGGACACUGGGAAACCCUGUGAAGAUCCGUUCGUGGCAGAUUGCUGGCCUCCCCAAUGACACUCUGUCGGUGGAGAAUGGAGUCAUCAACCAGUACUCCCAGCGCUGGACCCACUUCAUUGACCCUCAGAGCCAAGCCAACAAAUGGAUCAAAAACAUGGAAAAAGAAAAUGGACUGGAUGUGUUCAAACUGAGUGACCGAGACUUCCUGCGCAGCAUGGAGAAUGCCAUACGCUUUGGCAAACCAUGCCUUCUGGAGAAUGUGGGAGAGGAGCUAGACCCCGCCCUGGAGCCUGUGCUGCUCAAGCAGACAUACAAGCAGCAGGGAAACACAGUGCUGAAACUGGGGGACACUGUGAUACCCUACCAUGAGGACUUCAGGAUGUAUAUCACCACCAAGCUGCCAAACCCACACUACACCCCUGAGAUUGCCACUAAACUCACUCUCAUCAACUUCACCCUGUCACCCAGUGGCCUAGAGGACCAGCUACUAGGCCAGGUAGUGGCUGAGGAGCGACCCGACUUGGAGGAGGCCAAGAACCAGCUGAUUAUCAGUAACGCUAAGAUGCGUCAGGAGCUGAAGGACAUUGAAGACCAGAUCCUCUACCGACUAAGCUCCUCUGAGGGCAACCCUGUGGAUGACAUGGAGCUCAUCAAGGUGCUAGAGGCUUCCAAGAUGAAAGCCGCUGAAAUCCAGGCCAAGGUCAGGAUUGCAGAGCAGACAGAGAAGGACAUUGAUCUCACACGCAUGGAGUAUAUACCUGUGGCUGUCCGCACCCAGAUCCUCUUCUUCUGUGUAUCUGACCUGGCCAGUGUGGACCCCAUGUACCAGUACUCCCUCGAAUGGUUCCUCAACAUCUUCCUCUCCGGCAUUGCCAACUCUGAGAGGGCAGACAACCUGAAGAAGCGCAUUGUCAACAUCAACCGCUACCUGACCUACAGCCUUUAUAGCAAUGUCUGCCGCAGCCUCUUUGAGAAGCAUAAGCUUAUGUUUGCCUUCCUGUUGUGUGUCCGCAUCAUGAUGAAUGAGGGCAAGAUCAACCAGGGUGAAUGGCGCUACCUUCUGUCUGGGGGCUCCAUUCAAGCCAUGACUGAGAACCCUGCACCAAACUGGCUGUCAGACAGGGCCUGGAGAGACAUCCUGGCACUAUCCAUCCUACCAACCUUUUACGCUUUCUCUUCUGACUUUGUGAAACAUCUCUCAAGUUUCCAGAAAAUCUUCGACAGCCUUGAGCCCCACCGGGAGCCCUUGCCUGGCAUCUGGGAAACGUUCUUGGACCAGUUCCAGAAACUGCUAGUUCUCCGCUGUCUUCGUGGAGACAAAGUUACCAAUGCCAUGCAGGACUUUGUGGCCAACAACUUGGAGCCACGCUUCAUUGAGCCCCAGACAGCCAACUUGUCUCUGGUGUUCAAAGAUUCCAACUCCACGACACCCCUCAUCUUUGUGCUGUCACCUGGCACAGACCCAGCUGCUGAUCUCUACAAGUUUGCCGAAGAGAUGAAGUUUUCCAAGAAGCUCUCUGCCAUCUCCCUGGGUCAGGGGCAGGGCCCUCGGGCAGAAGCAAUGAUGCGCAGCUCCAUAGAGAGGGGCAAAUGGGUCUUCUUCCAGAAUUGCCACCUGGCACCAAGCUGGAUGCCAGCCCUGGAACGCCUCAUUGAGCACAUCAACCCUGACAAGGUACACCGGGACUUCCGCCUGUGGCUCACUAGCCUUCCCAGCAACAAGUUCCCAGUAUCCAUCUUGCAAAAUGGCUCCAAGAUGACCAUUGAGCCACCACGUGGAGUCAAGGCCAACCUGUUAAAGUCCUAUAACAACCUCAGCGAUGACUUCCUCCAUUCCUGUAAUAAGGUGAUGGAGUUCAAGUCCCUGCUGCUGUCUCUGUGUCUAUUCCAUGGAAAUGCACUAGAACGUCGUAAGUUUGGGCCCCUAGGCUUCAACAUCCCCUAUGAGUUCACAGAUGGAGACCUGCGCAUCUGCAUUAGCCAACUCAAGAUGUUCCUAGAUGAAUAUGAUGAUAUCCCUUAUAAGGUCCUCAAGUACACAGCUGGGGAGAUCAACUAUGGGGGCCGCGUUACUGAUGACUGGGAUCGCCGCUGCGUCAUGAACAUCUUGGAGGACUUCUACAACCCUGACGUGCUCUCCCCUGACCACAGCUACAGUCCCUCUGGUGUUUACCACCAGAUCCAACCCACCUAUGACCUCAACGGCUACCUCUCAUAUAUAAAGAGCCUCCCACUCAAUGAUAUGCCUGAAAUCUUUGGCCUACAUGACAAUGCCAACAUCACCUUUGCCCAGAAUGAGACUUUUGCUCUGCUUGGUGCCAUCAUCCAGCUGCAGCCCAAAUCAUCCUCUGCAGGUGGCCAAGGCAGGGAAGAGAUAGUAGAGAAUGUAGCUGAGGACAUUCUGGUCCAAGUGCCUGAACCUAUCAACCUGCAAUGGGUGGUCACCAAGUACCCUGUGCUUUAUGAGGAAUCAAUGAACACAGUGCUGGCACAAGAGGUCAUUAGGUACAACCGGCUGAUAAAGGUGAUCAUACAGACGUUGCGAGACAUGCUCAAGGCACUCAAGGGGCUGGUGGUGAUGUCCUCACAGCUGGAGCUUAUGGCUGGCAGCUUGUACAACAACACUGUGCCUGAGCUCUGGAAUGCAAAGGCCUACCCAUCGCUCAAGCCACUGGCCUCAUGGGUCAUGGACCUGAUAAAGCGCCUGGACUUCCUGGACACCUGGAUCCAAAAUGGCAUCCCAGCUGUCUUUUGGAUCAGUGGCUUCUUCUUCCCUCAGGCUUUCCUGACAGGCACUCUACAGAACUUUGCCCGAAAGUUCGUCAUCUCUAUUGACACUAUCACCUUUGAUUUCAAGGUGAUGACUGAGUCACCAUCAGAGCUCAAAAGCAGGCCCGAAGAAGGGUGUUACAUCCAUGGACUAUUCCUGGAAGGUGCCCGUUGGGACCCUGUGAACUUCGAGUUGGAUGAGUCUCGGCCCAAGGAGCUGUACACAGAAAUGGCUGUCAUCUGGCUCUUACCAAAGCCCAACCGCAAGGCCACGUUGCAGAACUACUAUUUAUGUCCUAUCUACAAGACAUUGACCCGUGCUGGAACACUAUCUACCACAGGCCACUCCACCAACUAUGUCAUUGCUGUGGAGAUCCCUACCCAACAGCCUCAGCGACACUGGAUAAAGCGUGGUGUGGCCCUCAUCUGUGCCCUGGACUACUAAAUUCACAUGGAAGGACCAGUCAGUAAAGUCAAGUUUUUCAGUCA